AGACGACCAACUGGACAGCCUCAGCUGCUGACAUGUCACUUUUCAAUUAACUGAAGAGCCUCAGAAGCAAACGGGGUUGUUGCUCUGCCGUUACAAUUGCAAAGGAUUCUUUUGUAAUUUCAAAGCCAAGUACCCCACUCGUCCCCCUAUAUGAGGAUACUUCUCAUUUCCUAUAUGUCAUCUGAAACUCUAGGAGAAACAAAAAGCUCUCAGCAGAGAUAGACUCUUGUUGAUCAUAGUUUCACAAACCAAGAAUUUCAGCUGCUUGGAUUUACUAGUUUCUCAUGUUAUUUCUUUCUGAACUUGAAAGGCAAGUUGAAAUUUACAGUUGAUCCUUCAACGAAAAUCACAGGAAAGGCGAGUUGAAAUUCACGGUUGAUGUGUCAAUGGAAAUCACAGGAAAGGCGAGUUGAAAUUCACGGUUGAUUUAUCAACGAAAAUCACAGUAUUCUGAUACUUUCACAUCCUUGAGUAAAUGCAUCGGGGGAAGGUGCAACUCUCGUCCCUAAAGCCGUCAUCUGUAACCCAAAAUCAAAGCUUAAAGACCAGGCGGCAGCUUUCUGAAGCUAAAAAGAGUGCUGAAAUGAAUGGCCUACGAAUUGAGGUAACUGAAACAUCCAAAUUGCAAGACAGGAGUCCUGCUGAAAGCAUGGGAGAUUUGGCUCCAAGAACUGAGGUUGUCCUAGAGAAGCAUUUAACUGAGAAUCUGAUUGAAGAAUCUAUCGCAACUAAGGGACAUUUUUUCCCAAGAGACCCAAAAGCUGAACUGUCUGGCAAACUAGUAGGCAAAAGAUUAUCACAGCAAAAAGCUGAACUCUCUGACAAAUGUGAAACUAAAAGGUCCAAGAGCGAAGACAGGAGGAUAACAGCUGAAAGCAAAGUUGCUGAGGCUGUCCCACAGAAGCGUUUGACUGAGAGUAUGGUUAAGAAGUGUGCCAAAACCAAGGAAGAUUGUUCUCCAAGCAAGCUACUGCCAAAUGGAGUCUCUGAUAAGCUUGAAGGAAAAAUGACAAUAGUUGAAGUUGAUGGUUCCUUGACAGAUCCUGGCAAAGUGAUUUUUUCUGAAAACGACCCUGCUUUGACUCCUGCUUCUAACACCUUGAAUAACAGGAACUCACUCACGAGUCAGAUGGAAAACAGGAACAUCAGAAGGUCCCAGGUAGACAAUAGAAAAUUGAAAAAGGACAAGUUUAAUUUGCCUCGUCGGUCCUCAAAACGACUUGCUGGGAAACAACCAGAGCCAGUAAAUAACCUGGUUUCAACUGUACAGGCUCGUCAAGUUGCAGCUAUAAAGUCUAGUAAAGGGGAUGGCAGACAAGAUGCAGGUUUGGCUUCAGAUGAUCUUGAAAAUAGAGCACCUCAGCAGCUUGGGGAUGCAUUAGAAACAGAGGUUGCAGACCAUACUCUAACUGAAGUAAAUUCUACACUACAAGGAGAGCCAUUGAGCAAGGUCAAGAGGCAACUUGAAGGUCUUGAACUACAGCGGUCUGUUGAUUCCUUGGGUUCCAAUGAACAAACUCUUCAAGUUGCAACCAGAGAGUCUAGUAGAGGUGAUGCCAGUCGAGAUGCAGGUAUGACUUCAAAUAAAUUUGUCAAUGGAGCAUCUCUGCAGCUUGGGGCUUCAUCAGAACCCGAGUCUUUCUUUGAUACCUUAGAUGACAUAGACUCUAUAUCAUAUGAAGAGUCAUUGAACAAGGGCAAAAUGUUGCUUGAUGACCAAGUGGUUCCUAAAGAGCAACAUCAUAAGUUGGAUACUGAGGAAAUGGAUCCUGAGAAACUCAGCUUUCUGCUUCGAGAAGACUCAUCCUUUGAGUUUGCUGUCAAAGUCCUUACAGGGGAAUUGCCAAUAGAUUACGAACCUAUUUUGAAACCUGCAGCUGAUAUGGUGCCAAAGGCAACUGGGAGCUGCAGCAGAAAUGCAACUGCCAAGUCCUGUAGCAGUAAAGCCAUCCAAGCUGUAGAUUUGGCACAUGAAGCAUCUCAGCAGUUUGAGGCUAUCCAAGAGAAGAAGGUAGCAGAUGAUCCUUGUACUAUAACAAACUCUUCACUUCAUGAGGAAUCUUCGAAUGAGAUUGAGAAAUCUAAUGGGAACCAAGCUGCUGAUGUGGAGCAACCCCAGAUGUCUGAAACUGAGAAGGCUGCUGUCGAGAAUCCACAGUUGGACUUCUCAUCCCUUUUCCCGGAUACUUGGUCCGAUUCUGACCCAUUCUUUGAUCUUGCAUAUCGGAGUCUUACAGAGGAUGAUCUGUUUCAGGCUUACUUUCAGGAAAAUUACAACCAGAUAGAUGGCUCGGCACUGCCAGAGUUUGGCUCACCUAGCAUUUUCCAGAAUGACAUGUUUGAUCCACCAGAAGAAUAUGUCCCAGGACACCUGCUGCCCAUGAAUUCUUCUUUGCCACCUUCGGAAAAUGUGAGCCAACCGUUAUCCAUGAAUUCUUCAUCCCAGCCUGCAGGAAUUGAGGGCUUUUCAAAUGGCAAUGGGGUUGGUUCAGACCAACAGUUAUCCAUGAAUUCUUCAUUCUUGCCAGCAGGAAAUGUGGCCUCAUCCAACUCGAGUGGGGCUGGUACACAGAAGCCUUGCUUCGGAGGCAAACAGGAAGAUUGAUUCUGAAUUAGUGGAAGACUAUCCAUAUUUUACUUUUAUGCUGUUUGUUAGUUUGUUACUUGGUUGAACACUUGAACUAUCCUGCUUGUGUUUCUUUUAAGUUGUCUAAGGUAUUUGAACCUUCUGUGUUGGACGUUA